AGUCUGGGCAGGCUGCCAGCCCACACCCCCCACUCCCCACUCUCUCCCUCUCUCUCCCCCUCGAUCUCUCUCUCUCUCUGUGUAUUCUGUACACAGCGAUCCCAGCCUCACAAUGCUGCGUUUACUAGACCAAGUGGCUCAGAAAUUUGCCAUGAUGUCGCUGUUCCCAGACCUUCCUCUCUGUGUUGGACUCUCUCUGUGAGGCGGUUCAGCUCUCACACGGCUCGGAUGGUAGAGCAGGGUGGUCAGCCUGCAAGAGAAGAGAAAGCAACAUCACCUGUGUGGGAAAUCUAGAUCAGCAGAGGACAAUAAAAAGAAGGAGGAGCCGAGUCUUUGGAGAGCUGAGGUCUCACUGUGUCUCCCCAUCCUGCCCUGCUCUCUCUCUCUCUCUCUCUCUCUCUCUCUCUGCCUCACAUGCACACACACAGACACACACUCCCCCUGCCUUUCCCUUCCUCCCUCCCUGUUUGUCUCCUCUGCUCUCCGAUGCUGGUGUGGUGAACAGCAGGACUCUCUUGGCUGAGCUGCAUGGAGGCUCAGGGAGGGGCAGGGAGCCCAGGUAAGAGCCAUUUUUCAUUCUUACUUUUCUCUUUGCUGCCGGUUUUUUACCCUACACAAGCAUAGUUUAUGCAGGGUCUUUGUGCUUUGAAUAGCCUGCAUGCCUUAAAGCAGCGUAUUCAAGGUGCCUCCAACUGUGCGGACACUUCUUCUAUAGUAGAACAGAAUAAUGUGGGUCAGAGGGGCUGCUUUUCAACCAUUUCACCACCCUUUUAUCUGAUUUAGUAGUCAAGAGUAAUUUGCUGACAGAAUUUACCGGUUGGGGUGGACCAGUACUUUGCUUUGUGGAGGGUUUAUUUCUACAAGCUUCAUGUUUAAUCCAUUGCCCUGGCAGUGCAGGUCUUUUUAUAUCCAUACACUGUAGGUCAAGCACACAAAAGGCAGGCUGGUGAUGAAGUUGCAGUACAAUAGUGGUCCAUAUGAUCCUUUGUGUAAAGUCCAUCCAGAGAAGCCUACACUGUCUAGCUCUGCUGCACAAUGCCUCAUUGCAACUAUUGCACUAAUACACAAAAAGCUGCAAAGGAUGAUCAAUUGAAUGUUUAUACAAAGGAACAGAGUGUGGUGGGGUACACUGAGGUCUUAAUGAAGAGGCACAAAGUAAGUCAAAGCUGUGAGAGGGUACUUUUUGUGUGAGCGAGCAUCUCAUGUUAAGCAAAAUGCUGCUUCAUUAGCACCUUGAAUUAAAAAAGAUAAUACACAGGGUCUUGCAAAAGUCUUAACCACCUUAAUUUUUCAAACCUUAUGUUAAAAGUCCACAUAAAUAUAGAGUCAAAUGUGGUUUUACAUCAUGGAUAAGCGCAAAUUAGUCCAUGAAUUUCAAAUAGAAGGGAAACUUUGCAUGAGGGCAAAAUAUCUUUUUAACAAUCCAUUGUUGAUGUUUUACAAGGUUAUUGAACAGACUGAAAUUAAAAUAAAUACCGAUAAAUCUUUAAGAUCUGUGGAAGUUAAAGAGACCGUCAGACAGAAGACUGACAAAUUCUUUAUUGGCAUUUCAGAUGCCUUUAACUGCUGAUGCAGGGUAGGUGUCAAAUUAUGUAAGUCCCUGCAAAACAGCCUUUUUUCACCCUGCAUAUAGUUUCCGAAAAGCAGGGUUGGAUUUGCAGUGAAAUUAAAGGUACCACUUCAUCCACAGGGAGGCGGCAAAAUCAACACAAAACAAAACUUUCCUCUCAGGAGCUUUAAAGCUCAAGUGGGAAUUUUUUUAUUGACAUUUGUUAGAUAUACUGAAAUUCAUACAGAUGCCUUUUUAUGGUGUACAAAAGUAAACAAGACUAUUGGUAUGACUGGCAAGUUUCAUGGUGUUAUUUGUAAUGCCUCGUACAGGUGUGAAGGUCAAUAUGUGAGUCAAGCAGCAACAGUACAGCCCUCUUUUCACAAUGUCUAUAUAAAAUAUUGACUGUCAGAAGUCAGCAGGACCAGACUUUUUGUCAGAAGACACUACUUAAGUGGCCACAAGACACACAAACCAAAAGUUCCUGUCAUUUGUGGAAAAUGGAAGUAAUCUGAUUCAUAGGCACACUAUCUUCAUAAUUGUGUGAUAAGGUCAGCACUUUGUUCCACUUCCUCUCAUUUAUUUACAACAUAUACCAACGUUGACAUCUGGAAUAACCUACCCUCGACACAGUGGGAUAUUAUAUGGAAUCAAUUUAGAGCUAACAGCAUUGUGAUAAUGUAUUUCAAGGCAAGGUUGUCAAGUGCCGUACAUACACAUUUUCUAGUCAUGCUUAGAGUUCAGCCUCUAACAAUGCAAAGAACUGAGAAAUAAUUCACUUGGUAUCUUCAUAACUCAGUCCCUGUGCACAAUUAUGUACAAAAAUGCUCGUUUCAUUCUAUGCAGCAAAACAUAAGGGAAAAAAAAUAGUACUAUAAAUAGAUUGCAAUCAGAGAGGACAAGGAGUGACCUAGCUAAAAGGGUGCCCAGAGAGGAUUUUAAUCCCCUUCUGCCUGCACGGUGAGCACUGAUUGAUUUAUUGAACCAAGACACUGAGUUUGAUUCAACUUUUGGCAAAUGUACAACGCAUCACUCUCCCUCUCCUCCAUCUUUCUCCCUCUCUCUCUCCAUCUGUCUGUCUGCAGAGGGUGUGCUGAUUCAUAGACAGUCAUGGCUAACAGCUUGAAUAAGGGUCAGACAUAACCUGAACAGACCAUGCUCCUGAUAGCUGACUGAACUUACACCAGCAGUAUCAUUUAUAUUCUGGUUUCUUCACAGCUUGCUCAGCAGGUGGUUGUUCAGUCAGGCCGUGGAUGCGUAAAUCCCCUCCUUCACACGGGGAUAACACUCUGACUUUCAUGAAAACUCUAUUUCUUUUCUCAUUAAUGUCCUGACUGAGUCAAACUUCUUUUCCAACAAAAAUAUUAGGGGAUGUUUCCAAAAAUGAGAAAACAGUGGAGUUUCUUUUCUCCAUGUGAUGGCCAUGUGUUUUCUAUAUUUUACAAGUAAAGCAAAAUUAGCUCAUCAAAACCAUCACAAUAGGGUUUUUUCCUUCCAUGUGACUGCAAUCGCUCAGAGGCUCUACUGUUCUUGACAUGACAUUUCCCAGAUUUUUUUAACAGCGAAAUUAAACCACGGCUUGAUGGGGGCAUGAAAAACUGCCUCAGAGCAAUGGUACAAAGGUCAGGUACUGUAAUGAGUCCUUCAAUCUGUGUUUGCAGAAGAAGGUGAUGGAAAUGGAAACCAAAGCUAAUACAAAUAUUGAACAAAUAUUUCAUUAUACCAGCAGAGGUAAUGCUGAACUCCCUUCAGUUUGUUCAGCAGAGAAAAUCGAUCAACACCCCGACGAUGAACAGCAGGCCUCUCAGCUUGGACCUAGAAUUCGUCAUUUUCUGCCCCGUGCUUGGCUGUGACACACAAGAAAUUCAACUGUGGAGUAACAUACUGCAAGUAGCAAAAGCUCCACCAGCCAUCUGCCAUCCUCCAAGAGCUCUGUGUGUUAUCAUUAAAAAACAGUACUUACACAAAUUUGCCUGAUUAAUAUUUUACACAGAAAGAAAAGUUAGUUUUUUUUCCCUUUUGCUGUCAAUUGUUUGAAUGUAGUUCUGGUUUAUUAUUUCCUUAUUAGCAGAACUUCUGCCAGGUGCAUGUUGGUAAUGAAUGUAGUUAAUGUUGCAGGUUUAGUCUCCUGAAUAUUUGCAGUUAAAUAUGCAAAUUGUCAGAACUCCUGCUCAUACCUCAUGCAGCCAAAGCACACACCCUGCUGUGUUUUCAGCUGUUUCAAACUGACAAACAGAGGUUUUGCAGACUCUUGCAUUUCAAGGGAUGCUAUUUUAAGUGCCCUCUAUUUUCAGACUUUGUUAACACCCUGUGAAGACAUUUUUUUCUAUUUUUGAAUGGAUGUUUGAGAUGCUUUUUCAGCUGACUGUGGUGAGGAGCAUGUCAAGCAAACACAAAAACACUUUAAUUUAACAAGUAUAGAAUUUAAGUCUGCAUAAAUUACAAAUUUAAAACACCGUCAACUUGCCCACACACAGUUGAUGUAAACAGACGAUACAGGAUUGACAGAAUGCAGUGUGUAGGCUUGUGUGGAGUGCACAAGCUAUAAGGAGCUGGGCUGAUAAUAAUAGGUGGUAGUGGUAUUUGACACCACAAACAUCCUGUAGUAAAUGGUUACUUAUCACUUUUCUAGUCUUUUCAAGCACUCAAAGUGCUUCUACAGCUCUUGUCACACUCAUCUAUAUCCACACCACAUCAUACAUUAAUGUCAGAGGGUGCUUCUGUAGGGGACCACUGGUGGGAACUAAUUCAAUUUAUAGUCCUGCACACACCUCUGACCACUUCACAGAGAGGUGUUUCCCUCAAAGAUACUUCAACAGCAGAAUCAAUAUCGGAUUUAUUGGCCAAGAAUUCGUACACAAAUGACUGCAGGAGAAGGUAUCAAACCAGAGUCGACUGCACCACUGAGCCACAGCUGCCCCGUAUUGUUACAAUACAAUAAGUUUUAAAUAUUUCAGGUUUUUCAGAUGCAAGAAUAAAGUGCAAAAAUCUAGGCCAAUAUCAGAAACAGUAAAACAAUUCCAAAUAAAAUCACCCACAACAUUUCCGUUUGACAGUAUGCACCAUCUAAGCAAAAAAUAGACAGACUGGAGCUGAUGCAGUCAUACAGUAAAGAAGAAACAUUUGCAUCUUGGAACAUCUUGGAUAAAAAGUUAAAUGAUCUACAAUCAGCAUGAAAACAGUUCUGAGACCUUCAUAACCCACUUCCGACACCUAAGUACAAAAAUGGUCUAAUUUAGUGCUUAAAGCCACUGUUUGAGACUUUGGUUUCUGUCCAUUUUAGUACAUCCUGCUGAUCUUGAAAGUCAAAUAUAUCAUUUAUUGUGAACAAUAUAAAUGUAAACAGAGUAUUGUUUCUUCAGCUGCUAAGCUAACUGUUUCUCUUGCUUUCACGCACUAAAAAAAUAAAAAAUAAAAGAAUAGGCUAAUGGUCAAUCUUCACACUGAUUAUCUUGUUUGAUUUUCUAUAGGCUUUUGUAACAAAGCAUACAGGAGAAUCAAAGUUAAUCGCAUCAUCAUACAGAAGAAACUGAAACUUUAAAUGGUUCAACAGUAAAAUCAAUCAAAUACAAAAACCUGCACAUACAUAAAUGGUCACGUGACUCCUGGAGCAACAUAAUGUAAACAGACGGCAGAUGCUAGCUGCUACCAGACUGUAGAUAGAAUAGACGCCAUCUGCCUCCUCACUGGGUGAAGAGAACAGCACCAUCUGGUGAUGGGCUGCAGUAUAGAUCAUAAAUCCGGCCUCUGCCAGCCAUCCUCAUGGGGCUGUGGACAAACUUAGAAACUAAUUGCACAGAAUAUAUAUUUUUUCUCCCCCCUGGUGGUGAUGCUGACAUGUAGUUAUUGUUUGUGCUCAAGUCUCCUCUUUUCUGUGUAGCAUCGUUUUAAAAAGUUAUUAGGGGGUUCAUGUUUUCUAUGAUUGACAUUUGAUACAGCUUAUGGGUGUACGCCUUUUAUCGUUUUUGAUUUAAAAUAAUCCAGGAAAAUGUACAGCACGUCAAGAAAAGCAAAUAGGCACGCAUCUCCUAGUGUUUCUAUUCAAUAGCCAUGACUGAUAUCUCUAACCUUUCCGAUAUCUCUAACCUUUCACUCCUGUUGCCUCAUCUCACCCUUUCUUGCCUUGCCUGUGUUCUUGUAGAGCCCAAUAAAGACAUCCAGAAGCUGCUAAAGCCCUCCAGCUCAGGUGACCUCUCCAAGGAGCUCUUCCAGCACCCUGUGGUGGGGGAAGAGGAGGGCAGCCUGUCAGGGCACACUGCGAGCCUGCUGCACAUCACCGAGAAGAGACGUGAGUACAGGAGGUAGAGAGUGGAUGUGUAACAGGCAGUGAUGAAUAUUCAUUGAUAAAGAGGUGUGAAAGAGUUGUUCAGGGCUCAUUGUGGAUGCAAAUGCCUUCAAUUGAGGAGGUGAUGAAAAAAGUUAAUAAGGAGGUGAGAAAGUAUCUUCCUCCUUAGAAGAGUCUCCAGUAGUGGUCACCAAAAGUUUAAUCAGCAGAUGGAUAUAGUAAGAAACUGUGAUAUCAGGUGACCCACUGUGGAGAACUAAUGCAUUAGCCACAUAUUUUACAUUUCUCUUAGUUUGAUCUUUGCUGAUGUUUAAACCUGCUGAAUGAUCACGGCCUCUUUGAGGUAUUCUGGUCCCACAUUCUUAGAGACCAGUGCAGCUUAGACUUGGUUGAAAAGACUCAUUGUGCACCCGUCCCGCAUAGAGGCUUCCCUGUAUGUGCCAGAUUCAGGGCCAAGAGCUCAAGACCACAGAGACGGAUACUGGAGCUGCAUGGGUGACAAGGCAGCCUUUAUCUGCUCCACUAACUAAACACUGCUUCAGAGAGACAGCUCAUCCAGACGCUAAUGUCUGUGUAUCUGUGACUGAGAGUGACCUACUAACAAGCCAGGCCACCUGGUAGGUCAGCCUAAAGUAAGUGAAGCAAGGGGGCAGAAAAGAGAUCCCCGCUGCUCCACAAAAUGCUCUUCAAAUCCAUCCCAAAGAUAUUAGUUUCGACAAUGUUAUCGCUUAUGUUACAUUAUUAAUUCUCCUAUUAUUGUAGAACCAGGAAUCACAUUAAAAAAAUGUUACAGCUCCUGAAUUUUUAAAGAUAUGGUCCCUAGUGGGAUAGGGCCACAUUGCAGUAUUACUGUCAGUGCCACAGAAAGAAAAAAUCCUGUAGUUACAGCAGGAGGGCCAAAGUUGCCCAUGGAUUAUCUAGAAAUAUUUUUCAGUCCAAUACUCCCGAUAAUAUCCCACUAAAGAGAAAGUUGUUAGAUGCCUUGUUGCAGCUACACGAUGGAAAUACAUUUAUGCGGUACAGGUGCAGCUGGCAGUACUUACAAAGCUAUAAAUCUGCAGUGCGGAGAGCUGGUCUAUUAUUAUUUUUGUUUGGGUGGAUGUGAAAUUGAUGGCAACUACUGCAAAGUCUGAGAGCCAAGAAAGGGUUGUCCAUAUUGAUUUUUAAUCAGAAACCAGCUGUCAGAUUGCCAAAGUGAGACAUUUUUUAACCAAAAACUGUUUAUUUUACAGCUUGAAUUAAAACACACACUCAUCUCUUUUUCCUCGGUAUGCUUUAUUUAUCGAACACUUUUGGCUAAAUCUCCUUCAUCGGGGGGUUUUAAAUAAAGCAUGAUGCACGGGAGUGGAGUUUUUUUGACAUGCUCAGUGGUCUGCACUUCCCUGCAUGUGUGUGUCCUGAAAGUUAGACAGCUUCAUUUUCCAGUCAGUAAUCAGCAGGAGAAAAUAGCUGAACAAGGAUAAGAAAGUGGAUGGGUCCCUGACUGUACGCGGGAGGAAAAUCACCUCCUGCAAAAUUUAUUUCUAGAGGGAAUCUCUCGAAGUCGACUAGCAUCUUUUUCAAAACCACACAGUAGUAAAGAAGUAAGAUUGCACUGAUCCAGCAUGGACAGCUCUCCUCCUCUGUCCGGUUUUCUGUCUCCCAAAUGUGGACCCCUCCCUCUUCCCAUCCUCCUUCUUUGUUCCUUUGGUUCAAGACUUGCACGGAGACUGAGGAAGAAUAAGGGAAAAUAAAUUAAAGGAAAUGCUUUUUAUAGAACAUCAAAUUGACAGCAUGAGAAUUAUUAUUUUCUCUCUGUGAUAUUGUGAGAUUAAAAACGCCUUACUGCAUUUUCUGUUAAUUUUCAGCUAAACCUUUAUUUCACACAAAUUAACUACAAAGCCGUGAUUAUUAAGCAUGAUGUGAAAGCUAUGCUCAUAGACAAAAAUACUUCAAAAAAGACUUUAAAUGGAUGUGAAGGCACAUUUUCAGCUGUAUGGGUUCACUGUAAGAAGAGAAAGUGGUCCAUUACAUCAUCUCUUUGCUUCAGACACAAACUGUCCGUUUUUUUCUUCUUUGAGUCUCAGCGUGAAUUCUUUAUUGUCAGUCAUCCCCGCUGGCGUCUAGUAGCUCUCCUGAUCAGCCUGUGAGAAGGAGGCAGUUGUUUCAGUGUGUCUGCCUGAGAGAAAACGUACUGAUCAAUUAUUCAAAGAGAAAGGGUGUGGAAGAGGGGGAAAAAAAGAGAGGGAGAGGAGGUGGUUAAAAAAGCAUAUACAGUCAAAAGGAAUAAUCAAGUGGAAAUAAUGGCAGCAAAUAAUGCAGUGUUUUGCUUUACAUAAUGCUUUCCUCCCUCUUCAUCUUACUCUUCCUCAUCUUCUCUUCUCCCAUCAUCCCGCCCCUCCCUUUUUCGCUUUAUCUACUCCCCCACAAUUUCUAGCCUCCCUGUCUCUCUGCCUCCUGCCUCUUCACUUGUCCUGAAAGAGGUGAAAACCUCUGAUAGCUGCAAGCAGGCAGCUUCAAGCCUGAGAGAGAGGUAAAAGAAUCACAAACACAGUGAAGAAGCAAGCUGAAGUGAGGAAAAUAUGUGAAGAAUAAAUUGGGGUUUUUUUUUAUUCUUGUCUUCCAAUAAUGCUGUUUGAUUAUGAGCGGUGCAGUGGUUUAUGGUGCAACAAUAGAUUCUGGUCACUUAGCAGUUAAAAAUAUAGCAGUGUGCAGCUUCAGAGCCUUCAAAAGAAUAAUAUGAUUGUUAACCAUAAAGGAGGAGUCAAGCUUUAGGCUGCUCUUAAAGAACCUAAGAGAAAAUGUAGAACUAUAAAUAGAAAGAGAAAGAAGAUGGAUGUUUGUAACGCGCCAAGAUAGGCUGACACAAGACUCUAAUGUGGGCAAGAAAAUCGAUAACUCGUUCAGUAUCCGAGUGGUCACCUGUAGAAUGACAUAGUAGUCAAUAUGGAGUAGCAUACAAGUUUCCAUGCUUACAGCGAAGACUGAAGCUGGAGCUACAAAAAACAAACCAGUUUUUAUCACAUCCCAAGCAGUGUUGGAUGGGUUUCUUAUAAAAGUAGUUCGCUACAUUACGAGAAUGCACAGACAAAAGUCACAUGUCACAAUGAAAAUCUCUCGAACCUCUGGCUCCCCAUGCUGAUCAGUCACAUUGUUCAGACGACAUGGAGCUUACUGUACAACUACCUUAUAAGAGUACAGAGAUUAUCCACUCCACAGCUAUUGUAUAAGCAAAUCAGCAGCUUAUAAUCUUUACACCUCUUUAUCAUGUGACUAUCUGAGAUUGAACUGGGCAAGGACACUCUGUGUUAGCACAGCUGUUUCAAUGAAAACAUAGCAAAACAGACUUGACUGGAAUCAUGUUCCAGAAUGCAGUUAGUUGACCCACGGAAAAGGUCAGAACUCAAAAACAGUUUUAGUCCAAAUGUGAUUUAGGUGCAGAGGCUUUAUUUUAUCACGGGUAGCACAGUGCAUCCGGAAAGUAUUCAUACCACUUCACUUUUUCUACAUUUUGUUGUGUUACAGCCUUAUUCCAAAAUUGAUUAAAUUCCCUUUUUUCCUCAAAAAUUCUACACAAAAUACCCCAUAAUGACAAAGCAAAAAACUUUUUUUAGAACAUUUUGCAAAUUUAUUAAAAAUAAGAACACUCAAAUGUUGCAUAUACAUAAGUAUUCACACCCUUUACUCAAUACUUGGUCGAAGCACCUUUGGCAGCGAUUACAGCCUCCAGUCUUCUUGUGUCUGAUGCAAAAAGCUUGGCACACCUGGAUUUGGGGAGUUUUUCCCAUUCUUUCUUGCACAUCCUCUCAAGCUCAGUGAGGUUGAAUGGGCAGCGUCGGUGCACAGCUUCUUUCAGGUCUUCCCAAAGAUGUUCAAUCGGGUUCAAGUCUGGGCUCUGGCUGGGCCACUCAAGGACAUUCAGAGACCUCUAGUAACUGGUGCAGGUGUCCGUAGCUGUUGCAGUUCCCCAUUAGCAUUCAGCGACAAGCAGCACAUUUGUCUAGUCUUGUUUCCUCUCCUCCCGAAACUGGACCAAAAGCUGUUGCUGUGUAGGAGCCGUAGCACCAUCCGCUGUCAUCCGUCUCCUCCUUAGUGAACCUCACCACCAGCGUUGCAGAGCUGUGUUUAGUCUACAAAGUUCUUUGUACCUGACAAGCUUUUGUCCUCCAUGCACAGCUAACAUUCACCCUGAUGUGUUCUGGUCUCUUUCAUCCAGAGAUGAAUUAGCUGGCUGAGAAAGUGCAGUGACAGGACCGUGUUUAUCUUCUGUGUGUGUGUGUGUGCAGCUACCUGCCAUGAAAUAAGAGGGAAACAGAAGGCAGUGAAAAUGCUGAUUUUUGCUGUUGAGAAAGAUUCUUCAAGAUUUUACUUUAAAACACGGAAAGAAUGUGACAGAUUUUUGAAACUACAGAAGAAAUAUGUGAUUUUAAUCGUAACAGCAAAAAAAUAGUCUGAGUACUCAAAUGCUUUACUCUCAACACUGGUCCUCCUCAGAUAUCUUAAUUAUCAGUGAUUUUUGAUGUGAAAUCUGAAGUGGAAAUAGAAAUAAAAUUUGAAGAAAAAUUCCCAACAUAGACUUAGAGAAGAAGUAUAGGGGGACUGGACCUGAGGUCUGUGGGAUCCCGCAAGUCAACACAGGCAAAUUUUUAAUCUCUGUGGUGGUGUUUAUAAAACAGCCUGAAGUUCAUGCUGCUUUAUGACUUUAAAACUACCCUGCUUCCGACAUCAUAUUCAUGCUGUUCAACUCCCCAGUCAUUUGAAGUGAUAAGUAUGCACAGAAGGGUUUAAUACAUUUUGAGUGUGUGCACAUGCAAGAGAAAUUUGAUUUCCAGUCACAUCAUCUGGGUCUGUUGGUUCAACUACCGACAAAUUGAGGUGAUGCAAUUUCAUUCAGCCAACUAAAAUGUUCUCCUCCUGCUUCAUGUGUUGAAAUGUAUUUUAAAAAUCCAGAUUUUGUUGGACUAACUCAAUAAAGUGAGAUUUUUAAGCAGUAAAUGUACUGACUUUGUCCUCAGGCGUUGACAUAAUCAACACAAACAGCCUUAAGGGAAGAUAAUAUAACACAGGGAUACAUUCUGAGCUAUCUUUUGUCGGCUUUGAAGCGUAGUUAUUUAACGUUUACCAUCUGAAGGAUUGCUGUACUGAGACUACUGUACUGUACUCCCCUCUUUAAAUUUUCCUCCUGGGUCUUUUUUUGUUUGUUUUCAGAAAUCUUUUUUGCCAUUUUCUCCCCAUUUUUAUGUAGGUUAAACUCCUGAUACAGAGUGUUUACAUGUUCAACACAGAGCCAAUGGAUUUAAAAUAUUCAUGUAUGCUAUAUUAACUCGGGUCACUGCUGCCAUGUGAUCCAGUUCUGGUUAUGAUAGUAAAACUGGUCAUGACUGUCCAAAAAGGGUUUUGGGGGAAAUAAAGGAUAGCUGGUCUGUUUGUUAAAUCAUCCCGCUCAACAGAAGCUCAUCAGGACUUGAAUCUCCCAAGUCGCUAAAAAAUUUUUUUUUUUUUUUUUUCGUUUUUGCUGUUUUGUAUUCUGUUGAAGUCACAGCCGCCUAUUUUUCAUUCCAUGUGUCUGCUGGCAUCUCUGGUGUUGAGCGUUUUAAUGAAACAUGGCAAAAUAAUCAGCCGCUGCUUGAGAAUGAUUAUCACUCUUAAAAUCAAUACACGCCCGAUCAGGAGGACAAUGCAGGGAAUUGGAUGGAGCAGCAGACACACAGAGCAGCGGGAGUGUAGCCCUGCUUUGAAAACAGCCAGAAACAAUUUAUAAACAGCCUUGAAAGCAGCAGGCAAACAACACGGGUUAAUAACAGCUUUCAAACUGUCACACAACCCGUUGUUUUCUUCAUAAAAUCACGCCCACAGACAGUCAGUGAAAUGUUUGACUCAGACUUGAUGUUACUUGGCAGAUAUCCACAGCUUUACAAGGUGGCUCAAACACACCUCCAUCUGCUUCAGUGCUAUCUCUGCACAUCUUCAUCACGAUAAUGGUCAGUAAUGGCAGAUUUGUUCAGCCCUAUUACACAGAAAUGGCUCCUAAUUCAGGUGAAGCAGAUGUGCUGGUAUCCUUGUUGUGCUUCUUCAUAUGUACCAAGAAGUUGAAUAUAUACAUACCAUUAAAAACUCUGCUUUGAGGCAGCCUGAUUGGAAUGCUGAGCCCAGCACGUUGAUGCUCUCCUCAUGUAAAUAUGACCCUGCUGUUUGCUGCGGUGCAGCUUGUGCAGAAAUGAACAGGUGCAACACUCCCAGGAGAAAGAUAGAGAUCACAAUGCAUUCAAGAACUAGCUAUUUUCAUCUCCACUGACUUCAGCUCUUGUUUCAGCUCUUUAGUCACUGCUUGUGCCAAAACGCAGGUGUCACCCUGAGACGGAGGCACCCUGACUAUAGGGAGCUCAGACGCAGAUGUGAAAAAUGUUUCCAAGGGACACUUAACAUGCAUGACUUAUUUUUUUUAUUUUUAUUUUUUACUACUUUAUUGCAAGGCUUCUUUCUUUCACAAACAUAGUCAGGCUUUCAUUUUACAAUAUUAUACCUUACAUUUUUUUUCUCUUCCUUCCCUUUUUUUUUUUUUUUUUUUUAACAUACAGAAAGUAAAUAACAACCAAAAAGUAACCAAAUCGACAUAUCUCCAAAAAUAAGGCAAAACAUACAAGCAAACAAACUGCAGAAAAUAAAUGCAUAAAUAAAUAAUAAAGUGAACUAAAUAUAAUUAAAUAAACUAAAGAAAACUGGUAGGGGUAGGGGUUGGUGCAUGUAUGUGUGUUCGUGUAUCUGUGUGUGUAUGUACAUGGAUGUUAGAGUUGGGGUGGGGACCUUUUAAUCCAUCUCCUUAAUUUGAUUAAAUAUUUCUACUGUUUUUGUCAACCUUUCUUUGUGGUAUAGCUUGUUCCAAAUAUGCAUUUUUUCCCUAUUCAUUAACAUUAGCCUUUCCAUCUCUAGACAUUGUUCUGCUGUUAAUACCCAAGCCGUUAAUUUUGGUUGAUCUGAUUGUUUCCAUGCUUUGGUCACCUGUUUCAUAGCAGUUGUUCGACUUAUUUAAAACAAGAGUAAAUGUGAUCUUUGUUGAAAUCCAUUUUACAACCGCACCACAAGUGCCUGCAUUGAUCUGUUUAUGGGUACACAGUAUAUUCAAUAUGGAGCUGAGGAGGAGGUUUAUGUUCAGAGGAUAGCUAUGAGGUCCCAGUACUCCCACCUCUAUUUAAAGAGCCACUUUUCUUCUGCACUGUCAGCAUGAGCAAGUGCAUCAUCUUUUUAAUCUCUCGACUUCUCUUGUUCUCUUCUUCUCUGUUUCAUAGAACCACUGAGUAGUGUGUCUUCUCUGGAGGUGCAUUUUGACCUUCUGGACUUGACUGAGCUGACUGACAUGUCGGACCAGGAGCUGGCUGAAGUUUUUGAUGACUCCGAUGAGGCGAACCACAAUGAUUCUCCAGCAGGUAAUAGUGAAACGCAUACGUCCCCAUCAUAAAUGAAGAGGGCACUCUCACAAUGUAUAGACAUAAAUUUAUAAACUGUAUAAACAUCUGCCUUCUUUUUGUUUGUCUUUUGUUUAUAUUGAAUUUAUUUAUAAAAAUUGAUAUAUAAAGUUAUUCUUAUUCUUACUCUUAUUCCCAAAAGCGUGCACAGGUUUUAAUCCGUGCAAGAGUUGAAGCAAAUCUGUGGGAACUUCCUCUUUGCUUCCUCGAGCUUCAUUUUUUUUUUUAAGUUUUGGUUGUUUUAGUGCUUUACUCAUAUUUUGAUUGCUGAGGGAAGAGUUUGCCUAAUUUAAUUGUCCCCUGCAGUCCUUUUAUUCUUGUCUUAAGAGUGUGUGAGAGAGAGAGCGAGAGAGGGUGUGGGGAGGAGCAGAAUGAUCUUUUUAUAUGAUUAUGGCCUAGCAGGGUCCUUAAAAGGGCAGCUGAGCUGUAAUGGUUCCUUCAGGGACUCAUAACAACGCAUAUUUCAAGUGCCAUGGACAAACCCAACCUGGAGUAUAAAAAAAGACUUAACUUGCUUUUCUAAGCUGGCCUACUCUGCUUGAUUUCUAUGAGAAAAUAUAUGUUUUAUUCAGAUCCUAUCCAAUAAUUACAUAAAAGAGCUGCUACUUGGAUUUGUAGGAAAGAAAUGAAGCAGAUAAAUUAAUCAGAUGCAGCUCUGGGAUUUCACGCACAUGUACAUGCAUAUAAAAGGGGAGAAAGGGUUCAACCAGCGUGCACAUCACAGCAGCAGGUACUAGAUAAAGGUUAGCAUGUCUUUCUGCCAGUUUCCAAAAGGAAGCACAAAAUCUUUGCCAUGUUUUAUUCAUGUCCUGAGCCUCAUCGAGCAUGCGGACAGUGAACUCUCUCCUCCUCCUCUGUCACUCUGCCUCUCAGCCUGCACUCAGGGUUUCAAGAUUUUAAGGUCCACUGAAAGUGUCUUGUACAUUUCAUGCGUGGACCGUGGCGCUCAAAAAGUUAAUAUCAUCAUUUCUGGAUAAAAAUGUCAGCCUUUUACUUUUGAUUCCAGUGGUUAUGAAGGAUGUAGCCAAAAAACUGUUGAUUGUAAGUGUGGUAGCAGUAAUGGGUUUAAAAUGUUAUUCAUUGCUCUGGAAAUGAAGCAGACAUAGUCAUGACGGUGAUUAAACUAACGCCUAAAGGUGGCUGGAGGCCAAUCACAUUAUGUAUGCAGAGAUUUUAACGAAAGAUUGAUUUACCACUCCGCUGUUUUAAUACAGUUUAACACAGAGCUGAGCAAAUCUAGUCUGGUAGUCGUCUUUAAACUUAAGAAACCAGGAUUUUGUAUUUAUCUGCUGCCAUCACUUUUCUCUUUUCUCAUCAUUUUAAUCAUCUCUUCCUUGUCCAUUACAUCUUUCCCUCUGUUUCUUCUCUUUUCUGUUUAUUGCUAAUGUUCCAUAUCAUUGCACAGCUUGUUAAGUCUGAGUUAUUGUCUCAGCGGGCCAUCUGGGCGGCGUUCGGCUGUCUGCAGCUCCAAAGCCAGUUAUCAAAAUCAAAGAUGUGAAAGCUGGAAAACAGGCUUUUUUUUAUCCUCACACAUAAUCAUUAUAACUUGAUACGCUGCAGUUGUUAGUUACUAGCUACCUUCCAUACCUUUCUAGCAUUAUUACAGAGCAGCAUACAUCAAAGUCUUGUUUCUAAAUGAUCCACACACAAGACAUUUUGAGUUAAAAUACAUCUGGGAAAGAGUGUGUUCGGUUUGUCAAUUAAAGCUCCAGUCAGGAACUUAAAGUUUGUGUUUGGCGCCCUCUGUGGACAAAACUGUCUUUGAUACUCUUGAGCAGGGGUGGGCAAUUAAUUUUUACAUGGGGCCACACGAGAAACCUGAACUGUGUUGGAGGGCCGAACCAACAAUAACUUAUGCAUUUUACAAGCAACUUCUGAGAGAAACAAGCCUAAAGUCGUUUAUAAUAAGUGGACUUCGCAACUAAAAGGCGUCUAUGUAUAUUUUGCCGAUGUUUAAACUUGUCUCUGUUCACGUCCAAACGGAAAUAAACCAACGGCUAGGUUUUCAAAAUAAAAGCAACACACUUGCAUGUUGAUGAUUUCAUUGAUGGACCUUACAAAGGGCUGGGCAGGGACAUCCAAAGGGCCGGAUGUGGCCCAUUGGGCUGUAAAAUGCCCAGGUCUGCUCUUGAGGAUAAUAAUAAUUAAAACAAAAGUAAUAAUGAUAAUAGUUAUAAUAAUCAUAAUUAUAAUGAUAUUUAUGUAACACCUUGAAAUACAAAAGUUAACAAGGUGCUUUGAUGGACAAAGUAGAAUAAAUAAUAAUUAUAACAAUAGAGAAGAAAUAAAUCUAUAUCACAACACAGUCAAGUGCAGAUCAUAAAAGGUACGGUCAUAGCAAAUAAAAAGGCAAAAAAUUGAAAAAUAAAUGCAUUUUGAGGAAAAGGAAAGGUAAAAGGAGGAAAUUUCAAUGAUCUAUUUUAGCAUUUUUCACAGUGUUAUUAACCUCGACAGAAUUUUUCUGACUCUCAAAACUGUUUAAAUCCUCUGUGUGGUUGUGUGCUUUUUGGUGAUGUACCUGAUUAAGUUGUUUUUUUUUUGUUAGAGAUGACAGAGAAACGAAAAAAGCACAGCUAAGAGUCAAACAGGUAAGCAGCAAAAAUAUAGCUGAUACAUCUCCGUAAAUUCAACAUCUCCUCCAGAAUAGCAGUAUUUCUAAAAUUUCACUGUAUCUAAUAAAUCAUGCUAGAAUCAUUCAGUAAUCCAGAAAAUAAAUGAACACUGAGAUGUGUUCAGCUGACUCUAUGGACUUCAUGACUGCUUAGCAAAUAGUCUAGAUUAAAUACCUACAAAAGUAAACAUACCCGUUGAUGCUGUCACAGAAUCAUAUUUUAAGUUAUUUACAGCACACACACCUUCAAAUGCCUUUGCUUAUAUCUUUUCUGGGAUUUAAUGUCAGGCGGUAAAAACAUUUUCAUAAAGUGAAGCUCUGCACAUACAGGAAAAGAUCAAAAAAGAAGGAUGUCCAACUUUGUUUGCAGCGGCUGCAAAAACCAGCUCUUAAUGAAACUCCCCCACAGCUGCACUAACUUUGAAGUUUUUUGUGUAAGCUUACAGAGUACAGUUUUAGAGACUAAUCAAGGUUUUGGACACUAAUCAGAUAUAAUUUUACACACGGCUAAAACCAGUGACUUCAUACAAAAGUGGCAACACAAUUAAUUUCACAGCCAUUUGAUUCAAACUUUGGUUAUUAUUAGAAAUCAUAUUCUGAUCCAAUUUAAUCAGAAUGAUUGAUCCUCCAAUUAACUCAAUACACUAACAGCCACACCAGCUCAGUCAAUUAAACCUGUUUUCAUGGCAAAGCAUCAAGUGGCUCAAGUCUAAACCGUUUUAGCCAGUCCAAUUUUUCAGCUGUCCUCUCUGGUAUCACAGCAUCAAGGUUCCUCUUUGUUAGUCACAGGACACAGCUGCCUGAGGACAGGUGCAGGAGAAACAACAGCCAAGACACUUCCAGUCCAAGGUCUAACAUCCGCUGUUCUGCUUUCAGCUAAUCAAGAUGAAGUCCUGCUGCCAGGACAGGCACAGCUGGACACGGCUGUUAGGAUGUGAAGUGAUUUUAUUUCCACUGCCUCAGAUCUGUGAGAAACUAAAUCUUGACAAUGAUAUAAUGUUGGCAUUCACAUUCCUGAUGUAACUAUUCUGCAGUGAACGCCGUGUGUCAGUCACUCUGGUAUUUUUACCUGCAUAAAUCAUGAAUAAAAAUACAUCAGCCACCUGGGAGUAUAGCAACUUCUCUUCCUUGUCAGAAGUGUUUAACCUUUCAACAAACGACACGGCUCCUUCUUCAGAAAAUUUCUGGCAUCUCUACCUGGGAGCUGUUUUUGUCUCUCAGUCAGUGCAGACGCAAUCCUCCUUCUCCGUCAAGCUCGGUGUCUCAGCUCAUCUCUGUACUUCACUCCCUAUAUCAGUCCAUGUCAGCUGCAGAUAGGGCUUAUACAAGGGACAGAUAACAAUCCCAGAAGGGCGCUGAGAGAGAAAUUGAUGCGCAUGAUUCAGAGUCUGCAAAAAAGAUAACGUAAAAAGGCUUCAAAGGGUUUCUCACAAGGUUAUGAAAGACGUACAGGAAAUUAUCAUAAAGAGAUGAGAAUCACAGUUUUUAUAUGUAUACUUCUGGUUCUAGUUACUCAUUUGAAGUUUUAUUUGAUAGAGAGGUGUCAUGUGUAUCUCCACAGGCACGGCCCUGAGCUGACGUUAGCAUUGGCAUUUCUGCCAGGUGUUCAUAAAAGGAAGAAAGUGACAAAAUCGUGUGUCUGCAGAGCAUAUCAAAACUAAAUAGUGUUUGCUCCUGAUAUUAAAGCAACUUACAAAAGGCAUCAACACACAGUUUGAUUCUGGCAGUGCCAAAAUCCUAGUAAAGACUGCUUAGAACUACCAGGAUUGCUGGGUUUUGGUGCUCUGACGUUCAGUCAGAAAACUGGAGGGUUUGCAGGGCAACAGAUGGAAUGACAGCACAGAGGAGGGAUAGGAAAUCUUGUCGCUUAAAGGGAUGUUUUUCCCACUUUGUCUUUUUUAAGUGUGUUCAUAUGAGGUACUUUUCACUACUAACUUUAUCACUACCAGGGGAUGAUAAUCUCAGCCCCCUUUAUUGAGAAACAGGGUGGGGAUCUGGCAUGAAAGCUGGGCUAUUAGUCCCCACAGAUGGAGUCAACUCUACUCAGCUGAUUUUGGGAGAAUUGGACUCAAAAGUGUGUGCUCUGUUUAGAAAAACUUCAGUGCCUCACUCUGUAUCAGAAAACCACUUUGUUGACACUGGCAAAACGUAAACUGACCUUUACAUUGAUUGCCUAAUCAGAGGGAAUAUAUUGUUAGGUGGUUGUGAGAAUGGGCAUUGAAUCAGUUCAAGUUGCCUGUCUGAAGUAGCUCACUGGUGUUUCUCCAUUCACUGUAGUUCGAGUCCUCAAAAGCCCUCUCAUGUUUCGUAGAGAAGACGAGUGAGAAUAGCAAUGCUUGAUUUGCUCAUGUGGUUUCCAUCACACAAAGCUGUUGUUUUCUCUGAGCUGUGUGUGUGUGUGUGUGUGUGUGUGUGUGUGUGUGUGUGUGUGUGUGUGUGUGUGUGUGUGUGUGUGUGUGUGCGUGCGCACGUGCGUGCGUAUAAAGACAUCAAGAUAGAUUUUUUUUUCUAUAAACAUUACUUUCACAUGACCACCUUUCACUUUUUGGACAACAGAUGAUAUAUCACUUUGUCCACAAGGGGCGCCAAAAUUGACACAAACCAAAAUCUCCCCACAGCAGCUUUAGGAACAACAUUUUUAUAACAUGUUGGGAUCAUGCAAAGCUACAUAUUUGUAAAUGAAAAAUAUAUUUUAUCUCUCAGUUGUUUGCUAGUUGGUUGUCAUUAUAAAAGAUAACUUGUGUUGCACUGACAGACAAGGACAUUGUGAGUAAAUGGGUUUAUCCAAACAGCAGCUUCAUGCACAUUCACUCUGUGUUUUUAUUCGUCAGGGCCAUUAUUCUGUCUUUUAAUUUCAUGCAGAGCUUCUUUUGAUGAGUGUGAACAACUCUGCUAAUAGUAAAAUGAUGACACGUGCGAACUGCCUUCUGAUAAAAGUCGUGUAAUGAGAGCAAAUUGUAUUUGUACAUCAGUAAGUUCAGGGUGAGGGCCAAAGAGAUGAGUGUAAUUUAAUUAACUGGUGUCAAAGUUUGAAUUGCAAAUGUGGUAAUAUUGAGCUGUGGUGUGAGAGACUCUAAAGAAACUGCUGAGUGAGUGGUGAGUGUGUAGGAGAUGAGAGAGGUUAAAUGAAGUAGAACAAGGAGAGGAGAGGAGAGGAUGGGGGGUUAGCAGGUUCAAGCUAAAUGUAGGUUUCUGAAUUAUUCACUGUCCCUGCUGGAAACAAGGCCAACCCUUCAAAGCCAUUUAGACAGUUAUCAUGACCUCAGAGAGACACAAGCACAUCAUUUAUACAUGUGUGUAUCUUGUUUGUUUUUUUUACCCUGCUGUCUUUCUUCCACACUUCCCCCUCAUCCAUUCCCACGUUCCUCUCCUUCACAUUCGGAAACCUGGCAGCUUACAGUCUCAUUCAGAUUAACAUCCUUUCAUGCUUUUAAAUGAGUAAAACGUGAUCAGCUGUAAUCCACAGAUCGAACCCAGAGAGCAGGGAACAUGCAGUAAUGAGUGUUUCAACAAGCGUCUGUUUUUGUAGAGCAGCUCCAGAGACACAGAGGAAAAGGCUGAGUCUGUCCAGCAGGUCUGCUCUUUGUGUCAGACUGAAAAAAAGAGAGAGUGAGAGCAGGUCUUUGUUAACAGGUUUCAUGAAGAAUUUCCUUUGAAGAACAGAAAAUGUAUAAACUCGAAUUCUUGACAGUGUUGACAGUGACAGUGUGUUAGGGCUGUCAAAGUAUACCGCUAUAGAACUGUAUCUUUAAUUAAAUUUCAAUGUUAUGCUUUGCAGUAACAGCCUGGGUUCACAGUAGGGCUGGGCGAUAAAACGAUAAUGAUAUAUAUCGCAAAUUAAUUUCCCUCAAUGUCAAUGUAAAACAUGGUCAAUAUGCUUUUCAAUAGUCUGCAUUCUGCCAUGUUUUGGUAGACUAUACGAAUAGCCAAUGAAAGGGAAGUUGCUCCAGGUCUGCUUUGCACUGAACUAAUCAUGUGCUGAAUUAGAGCCAAGUAGCAAACAACUGCAUAGUAGCAGGCUGCAGCUACACGCAACCAUAGCACUUUAACAUGUAAAGCCGACAGCACUGUUGGUGAGAAAAAAAACAAGUGCUACCCCCGGCAGAAAUGCAGAUGACGACUCAACAGAUGAUGACAUCGUCAACAACACUGACACGGAAAUGUUAGUGUUGUGGAGGUAUUUUGGUUUUUAAAGUCGGACAUGAAGCAGAUUAAUGUGCACUACAAAUUAUGUCGAGUACAUGUUCUUACAAACUCGGGCAGAGCAAGGAGCCCAUGGUGCCUGUGCAGCUGAAACAGCCGACCAUUCAGUCUGCUUUCUUAACGCAAUGCCUUACGACAAAACGUCAAAGAGACACAAAGACCUCACAGCUGUAGUAGCUUAUUGUAUUGCAAAAGACAUGCUACCAAUAAACACUGUUAAAUUUCUUUUUUUACACCGUGAUAUAUAUCAAUAUCGACUGAUAUAAAAAAAUAUAUCGUGAUAAACUUUUUCCCAUAUCCCCCAGCCCUAGUUCACAGUAUUGAACCUUUACAUAAGUUGCCACAUGUCUAAAUAGAGGAUAGACGCAAAAGAAGUAGCAGACUGCUAGCAAGCUAGAUGAGCAGCUUUUUCAGAGAUGAAUAGGCACCUUUAAAACUGAUGUUUAAGAUCUACUGUUUGCACCUCUUGGGGUUGCUAACCAGUUUAAUGCAUACUUUCAAUUUUUUUUCUAAAUAGUUUCCAUUCAGUCCUGUAAUUUAGGUCCAUUCUCAGCGUCCACACUCACUGACUUAAAUGUGCUUUCCCACUAAGUCUGUCUGGGCUGUCUCAUUGUUAAAUCUCACUCUCAAGUGUGUUAGGGAUCCCUGCCAGACUUUUGGAGCCCUUAAUGCACCCUUUCCGUAAGUGGGCACCUCUGCAGACUUUGUAUGAGGGAUUACCCAUAAUUCAUAGCAUUGUGAAGCAAUCACGAGAUUCCCAAGGGAAGCCUGCAAGGACAGAAGGGGAAAGGAAAGCCAUGACAAGGAAAAUUUUAAAGAAAGACAGUUACUAUGGAACAGAGAAGAGGCGCAACACUGACUCUUAAAAGAAUACAUUUGUCUGUAUAUAGAAGCGAGGAUAUCAUAAUUUUUUUGCCACUACUGAGGGCAACAAGAUGUUAUGUUGUCAGUGUUUUGUAUUGAUUUCCAGGCUUUGCAGCCUUGUGCACUCAAUCGCUUUCCAGGUGAUGUCUUUAAGUCUUUAAGGUAGGGUGACCAUACGUCCUUAUUUACCCAGACAUGUCUUCUUUUUGGGGGGGCUGUCCGGCUUUGUCAGGGGAAGUUUAUAAAAUCCUUCAAAUGUCUACGGUUUUGUACGUAAGUUUCGAGUUUGUGUCACGUGGACUUACUGAGUUAAAAGCGUGUGAAAGACUCUCGAUCCGACCCGGAAAACUCUUAAAAUGAACUUUGUGCGACUCCAUGACUGCGCCCCCAUGUAGUCGUGUCCUCUUUUUGGGAAGUCAGAAUAUGGUCACCCUUCUUUAAGGGCUCAGAGUUUAGGAAGGACAUUGAGAUUCAGCCAAAUGAGAAGUAGUAUUUUUCAAAAUAAAAGCAUGGUUUAACAAUGCAUUAAAUAAAGAAAUCUAAACACAAGAUCAACAGUAUAUCAAAACAAAAUCAUGAUAUGCUUCAUUUGUAAGGAUCCAAGGCAGUUUUUUGUCACAGGGCUGGCUGUGUGGAUAAUUCAUGAAUCUGAAUAUUGAUAGGAAUGGUGCCGUAAGUAAUUGCAUAUUAGUCAGUUUCUGAAAUGAUGUGUAAUUAUGAGGAAAAACUCUGACAUUGUGACAGUGUUGGGCUGUGUUAUUAUUCAACAGUGACUCCAGCAAAAAGGGUUUUCCUUUCUGACAAGUUGUGUUUGGUGUCUGCAGAUUUCCUGAAACACAUCUUGCACAACAUAGAUUAGAAAAAAUACAACAGGCUGCACCUGCAACCACGAUGAUGUCACGGCAGGUGUUUACACUCUGCUGUCACGGAUACAACACCUGCAGUGAUGUCACUGCUUCAGACUGAGCUAAAAGGCUCCAGACCACAUUUUUACAGACUGAUUCCAGCUCAUUUGCUGCAUGUGGAGGUUGCUCCAGGCAGUCAAGACAUUACAGAUUAUGGUAGUUGAAAAAUUCUUGCCCUACUUCUCAAAAAUUGAUUAGGCUUAGCCGGGAUCAGCAUGCAUAUAAGAUUACUAGAGUUCUGCUGAAGGAGUAUGAAAAGGGAAGGGAAAAUAACAAUGAGCACAUAAACACAAAUCUUGCAUCCUAUAUCAUCCCUCCCUGUACCCUCACAGGUUUUCUGUAGGAGAGUCUGCUGUUUCUGAAGUGAAGAUGUAAUGGCUGUCAGCCAGCAGCACAGUACACAUGCCGUCAGAUCAGAGUACCCUGUGCAUAUGGCAGAACAAAGAAAAUCUCGACACACUGUGAGGAGCUGUGGAGACAGUCCUUUGUGUGUUUUUCAAUGAUUUUCUUUAACUGUGCGAUCAGCUUUUUUAAUUACAUGUCAGAAUAAACAGGCCAGCCCAGUUCUGAGUGAUAGACGGGCACAUGUAUAAAGAACAUAUACCGCCCACAUAUACACAUUGUGCUGUGCAUGCCACAUAUACAUACAUAUAUACAUGCAUUUUUACAUACAUACAUACAUAAACACCACGUGCAGUCACUAGCAGGUGUUCAUAGCUCUUACAGCAACACAUGCCGUCAUGCUGUUCAGGAGGUUGUUGUCCCCCUCAUUAAAAUCCAGCAGAGACGCCAUCAAUCUUCUGAGAUCAAUAAGUGUUUUCCACCCCCCCAUCCACCCCUUUUUCUUAUUUUCUCCUUUUUUUUUCUAGAGCCAUUUUGCUCACUUUCUAAUGUGUGUGGAUUUCUGACUGUGGCCUCAGGUGGAUUUGUAAGGUUUGUUAUUGGGUGACCUUUAGUAAUGAGACCCAACAAAGACUGGAAAGCGUCUGGCGGAGCGAGGUUUCUGCUCGCUGCCCUUCAAUCCUUGUGUUGCUUUGUUGUCCAGCUGGUAGAGUGGACACCACCACCCAGUGGCAUAAAGAAGAACUGACAUUAAAAAUUCAUUACAACAGUAUUUCAGUGAAAGCUGAACAUGUUUUAUAUUUGCAAUAAAGUGACACUGUUUGUUUUGUGUAUUUGAACCAUUUGCUCUUGUUUGAAAAAUUCUAUUUCAGAUGUUUCAAAUAGUUUCCAACCUCAUCCUGACCAGCUAAACAUUAUUAAUUCACAUUCUGUAAUUUAUCUGAAAUAGUAUUCAGUGUCAUCAGGUAACUGUGAAUAAAUAAGAUUUGUUUCCAGUGAGUUCAUGCAUAUGAGUGUAUGUAUUGGUGUCCUACAAAGAGACUGUAAGAUAGAAGAAAGUCUGCAGUAAGUCAGUCUUGCAGGGUCUCUGUAGCAUUAAACAGCUGAGCUCUGGAGAUCAUUGUAAAACUCCUCGUAAAGGUUUAAAGGCUGAGUGUAACAAGGCCAGUUUACACAAAGACAGAGAAACGGGACCAAUGUGCAGUGUGAUUUUCUUCAAGCUGCCUCCUCAAUCUGUGUAUUUGUAACAAGUCAUUGUGUGUCUUUGUCUUCUAGGUUCACACCAGCCUGUGCUGCCCAGAGGUGGGUACAUGCGCUCCCCCUCGUGGACACGCUGCAGCAAAGUUGAGCCUCCCAGAGAGAGAAAGCACCACAGCGACUCAGACACCGUAGAGCCCUUAGUGAAGCUGGAGAGGCCGAAGCAGCUGUGAAAGCUGUGGUGAAGCAGCAGAUCAGUCGGGGAAGAAAGAAAGGGAGUGAGAGAGAGAGAGAGAAAGAGAACCCGGAGCAGAGGAGGCACAGCCAGAGUGGGACCACAAAGCGGACCAAGAGGCCUCCCACUGUGCACUGACAUAACGUUUCAUGGUGCUCAAGUUCAGGCUGAACUCUAUACAAAGAACUCUGUGCUCUAAUUUAAGAUUUUGAGAUGUGCAAUACACACUCUCUCCUCUCUUCUUCUUUUACACACACACACACUCAGUCAUUGUGUUUUUCAUGCAAGGGGCUUUUAAUGCACUCUGAGCUUCCAGGUGAUUUGAAGCUUUGUUUCUAAGUGACAGGCAAGGUUUUGAGGUCAGCCUCCAUCCUUACAGCCUCUCAGGGUGGGAAACAGCCAAAACAGCAAGAUUGGCUCAUAAUGUGUGUGUGUGUGUGUUGAAGUGCAGAAAAUGGGAAUCACGUUGACUUCCCAGGAUAUGAUAAGAAACACAAAUCAAUAGAGUGUUUUCAAGGUAAAAUGUCAUGCUGAGGCUGCUGCUGCUAAAUGUGUUGGCUUGAAAAUGUUACAGGGUUUUUUUUUCUUUGCCUGUAGUUCAGGUAACUUGAUCAGAUGAAGUGGAUGCAAGUCAGGCUCUUUAUAUCCUCCACACCUUCUUCAUCUCGAUGAAGAACGCUUCUUGUUGCCUAAAUUGAAUUUUGCACUUCUCACUGGACUUUAUUUACAGUGCCCUGAAGAAUUAUUGGCCUUUGGUGCAGACGACUCACAGAUAAACAGACCAAGUAGCAAGCUAGAUGCAGCACACUUUCCCUUGCUUUAGUUUUCUUUUGCAUUAUUGGUUUCAAAAAUGUUUUCAAUUUUUUAGAAAUAACUUUUAGAAAGAAAGCAACAAUUACUGCAGUAGUUGAUUCGUAUUUUCCAGAGUUGGUAGUUUGUGCCAUUUGAUAGAGAUGCAUCAAUACUUGAAGUUAGACGUGAAGGGAGAGCUGCACCAGUCGUGAGCUUUGCAUGAAUGCCAAAAAUACAACAAAGUGCCAACAAUUUUGUAAUCCUGCAUUAAACAUAUCUAGGCAAAGGUUAUAGCCGAUUACUUGAUUUAUUUAUCUCACCUCCAGCUCGUCUUCACCAGGAGUGCCAAUAAUUCUGAAAUGCUGUGACACGAUGGAUCAAAGUGACACUAGGAUGACAGGAGAAUAAAUACAGUCCUGAAAAAGUGUGU